UUUCUGUGAACGCCAAAAUAAAACGUUUAAAAACUUUUCUAUCGGACUCAUAACUCUACACACAUGGCAGCGGCGGGAUAAGGCGGAGAGGGAAGCCGUUUUCUCCGGGCUGUAACGGUUGUUGGGACUCGGUUGUGUUCACGUACCGGAGGAGGCUCCUGUUUCCUCCCAGUCUUUCUUUCCAGGGGUCGCACAGCCGAGACAGAAGAGAGCCAGCGGGCUGGAGCCGUUUAGCCGACCUGCUAGCUAACGUCAAGUUGUAAGAAAGUGGAGAAGACGGCGGCUAAACGGGAGCUUAUCCGCCUACACAGACCUAUGCGACGGAUAGCAGGUGAGUGAUGGAGACGAGAGAGUUGACCGUGGUAGCUGGCAGCUUCGUGGGUUUCCAGCUCCUCUUCUCAGUGGCCAGCCCACGGCUCUCCUCCGCCAUCACACCAGGAUAUGCACGGCUGCCUCCCACCAAGCACACCGAGUGGAACUCCAGGUUGGUGUCGACUGUGCACGCUCUGAUCGUGGGGUUGUUCUGUCUGUACAUCCUGUGGUUCGAUGAUGAGGUCAACGCCAACCCUGUCUGGGGUGACCCCAGCCUCGUCAAACUAAACGUAGCCAUAACCUGUGGUUACCUCCUUUAUGACCUUGUGCUGCUAGCAUGUAACUGGAGCACUAUGGGAGACAGCUUUUUUGUCUGUCACCACUUGGCGGCGCUCUAUGCAUAUGGAUAUGUGCUGACACGUGGCGUGCUUCCCUACUUUGCCAACUUUCGCCUCAUUUCAGAGUUGUCCACACCUUUUGUGAACCAAAGGUGGUUCUUCGAGGCGUUAAAGUACCCCCGCUCACAUCGGCUGGUGGUGCUAAACGGCGUCGCCAUGGCGGUGGUGUUCUUCCUGGUACGCACCGCCGUCAUGCCAUCUUACUGGGCCAGUGUAUUCGCCACCUUUGGCACUCCAGAAUUUGAGCGGCUGGGCUUGGGUGCCCAGGUGGCCUGGAUCACCUCCUGCAUCGCCCUGGACAUCUUGAACCUUAUCUGGAUGUAUAAGAUCACCCGUGGCUGCUACAAGGUCCUGACCGGGAGGGGAGGACGAAAGGUCAAGGAGGCAGCAGAGAAGGAGUCUUCCCCAGACGGGAAGCAUGUCAACAACCACACAGACUAAAGAGAUGUAGAGCAAAGGAUAAGUAGACAUGGACAUGAGCAGGGAGGGAGGCUGGACAUCCAGGAACCUCACAGCCUCUCUCGGCUGCUACAGCCUCAGCGUCCCUCCCUCCAAUCCCCAAUCUCAGCCCUUGAUCUCCUUGUAGUUGGCUAGUGGACCGGGCUAGUCCUCAGGUCCUGACCCCAACACGAGACAAAGAGACUGCUCUUUGACUCGCACAAGAACCAGCCUUCGCAGCCUCAGUGUUAGCCUGCUGGGCGAUAGCUUUUGGUCGCAGACAACAAGGUAGAGCUCACAAGCACACUUUUAACACCGUCUGUCACUCGCCUCUUUCGCCCCCACCGCCAUUCCUGUCCCAUCUCCCCUCAGUCUCCUCUCACGCUCAACUUCAGCCAAAGCCCAAUCCUCUGAAGUGCCUGUGAAAGACAGGAAAGCAAUAAUUGUGGAGGAAUAAGAUCACAAAGUCUAACAGAGCUACACCCCUUCAGAAGACAACCAUCUCUCGCUCUCGCUACUGCUCCCGAACGACCGGAGGCUUCUCCUGUCGUUCGCACUCCGUCCACACCCGAAGAGGCGUGGCGCACAGAGCGACGCCCUCCCCCAUCAGAUCCAUACAGUGUUUGUGAAUCUAUAGGGCUCUUGUCUUAAACUCAUCAGACCUCACAAAGAGACAGAAGAAACACCAUAAUGCCUCUUCUACAGUAUCACCUGCUGUGGCCUCCUUGUAACAAGUGGCGCCUGCCUAUAUCACCAGCCAUGCCCCUCCAACCUCCUUACAAUUUGGAUUAUAUAUUAAGAAUCUAAAUAUGCAAGCAGGAGAGAGAAAGACCCGCUCUCCAACAUCCUUAGCUUGUCACGGGACGAUUUUGCCUUUUCAGUAUUCAUGGUGUUGUUUGUAUUGUCUUAUUUUACACACACUGAUGUCCUUCGCAGUCACAUGUCUAAUUCAGAUCUCAUCCAUUGCAACCCUCUGCCUCACUGGAUAAGGCUCCACUAUCCAGCUUGAACGUUUGGUUUUGUUCUACCUCUCCCCCUGCUUUACAAAGACUUCAACCCCGCCAUCAUGAGUUAAUCAACACUUUCUUUGUUCCUCUUUCCACUGUAAAGAGUGAUUUUAGCCUUUAACGUGUUAUCUGUUGUGAUAUCACUGGUUCAGAGGAACUCCACCACGUCUCCUCCGCUUUUUUUUUCCCAGCCAGUGCAGUGAAACAGAGCGGCAUCACUUUUCUCGUCAGUGUAUCUUUCUAGAGAAACACCCCCAGAGGCUUUUAUACUUCCUCUUAUCUCCUUUGUUCUCGGUGACUCUGAGAACCUUGGGACGGGAGUGGAAAAAGUCCACACACACACACACAAACACUUGUGGAUGUGUGAACAUUUUCCACUCUCCUCCUCAAGUUUGCACAAGCAGAGCGAAGCGUGCAAACUGUACACUGUAAUUGGUGCCCUUCUUAAACACUGACAUGGUGCUCUUUUGUUUCUGUUGCAGAAUGUCAGCAGUAGGAAUGCUAGCAAUAUGACAUUUUUCAAAAGUUUCUAAUUAAUUUGGAUGUACCGAUCUGUGAUAAGAAUCUAUUGGAAUCAGUGUGGCAAUCUGCAUGUUGUUUGGUUUUCUCUAUAAACUGUAAAUCAUCACUACGGAGCAUGGUAAGACAGACAUAUCUCUGUGAUGCCUUAGCGAAUAGUCGAGAUAGAUGAAUAACAUCUAAAUAUUAACUGCAUUAAUCUGUUGCUUAAAGGGGUUUGUCUUCCAAAUGAUUUUGCCUCUCAGAGCAGACUGACUGCAUGAACUUUGAUUCCUUUCUCCUCUCCCUGCAUGUCUGUACAGUAUAUACACACACAGUAGCUACCUUCUGCGUACUGUAUGGCUAACUCACUAAUCAUCACCUUCACAUUCUCUGUGUGCCACUGGGCAUUACUCGGUUUUACAAAUUCAUUAAGUCUUGUCUUUGUACUCUAAUGGCUACAUAGCUGAAUCAUGACAGACAGACAGAGAUACAGGAGGAUGUUUCAGAUUUGUUUUUUGUCACUCUAGAAAUUUAGAAAAGACAAGCUGGCGUGUGUACUCCUGUUUCCUUUUCACUUAAAGGAGAACUCCACUGACUCAGCAUAUCACUCCUAUAGAGAGGCGAAGCUCCGCCCCUUCCUGUGUCCCCCAUGGGACUUUAUUUCAGAAAAAAAUAGAGUCGUUUUUCUGUAGGCCGACGUGAGUGUAAACAUGGCACUGGUGCCCUCUUCGAAAUGUCUGAGAUUUUUCAUUUGAUUUUAGAUUAUUGCUGAAAAUAAGCUUGGCGCAAAACAAAAGUUUAUGAUACUUAAGCAGGAUUUAAACUUGUGCAGCAGAGCCUACAGCGCUGUGAGCAUUUAUAUUUGUGCAGUGUGUCUGUGUCACUCUGCAGUUACACCUACAAAACACACAUUAAACACACA